AUGGCGCAGGAGAUAGUCCUAUAUUACUUUGACGCGAGGGGAAAGGCCGAACUCAUUCGGCUGAUCUUCGCCUACCUGGGCAUCAAGUACACGGACAAGCGUUUCGGCGAAAACGGAGAUGCCUUCAUCGAGUUCAAGAACUUCAAAAAGGAAAAGGACACCCCUUUUAACCAAGUCCCCAUAUUAGAAAUGGACAAUAUAAUAUUUGCUCAAAGUCAAGCCAUAGUAAGGUACCUCUCAAAGAAGUACAAAAUAGGUGGAAACACAGAGCUGAACGAAUUUUAUGCAGAUAUGAUUUUUUGUGGAGUACAAGACAUACAUUAUAAAUUUAACAAUACAAAUUUGUUUAAGCAGAAUGAGACUACCUUUCUUAAUGAGGAGUUGCCAAAAUGGUCAGGCUACUUUGAGAAUAUUUUAAAAAAAAACAAGUGUAAUUAUUUUGUUGGUGAUUCUUUAACGUACGCCGAUUUGGCUGUUUUUAAUUUAUAUGAUGAUAUAGAAACAAAGUACCCAAAUAGUUUAAAAAAUUUUCCUCUACUGAAAGCCCAUAAUGAGUUUAUUAGCAACUUGCCCAACAUUAAAAAUUAUAUUAGAAGCAGGAAGGAGAGCGUCUACUAA